UUGGGAGCGCCAUUUUGAGUAGAUUAAUGUGAACGGGUUUUGUAGGUCACUCUUUGAUUGAUUAUAUUUAAUUUAGGGAACUUUAAUUCGGACUGUCUGACGUGUAAAGGUGAGUGAGCCAUCGGCGUACACCGAAAAUGGCUACGGGAGCGAACGCAACUCCUUUAGGGAAGUUGCACCCGAGUAUUGGCGCUAAACGAGGCUUCGACUCUGGACCCGGAGCGGGGAACGGACUGAUGCCAACACCGGGGCCUCCAUCGGCCUUCCCGGCGCUACAGGGCUUCCAGCCCCCGAUGCCAACCACCUCUUUUCCACAGUUUAAUCCACAGGGAGGAUUUGGUGGCCCGGUUCCACAACAACCACCUGCCGUUGGUGGAUCAGAUUUUGGUUCAAAGAAAAGGAAGAAGAGCCGCUGGAGCAGUGAGACCCCAGAUCAGAAAACCGUCAUACCGGGCAUGCCCACUGUCAUUCCUCCAGGCCUGACCCGGGAUCAAGAGAGAGCAUAUAUAGUCCAACUGCAGAUCGAAGACCUGACUCGUAAACUGCGUACAGGAGACCUGGGAAUCCCUGUUAACCCUGAGGACAGGUCUCCCUCUCCAGAGCCAAUCUACAACAGUGAGGGGAAGAGGUUAAACACCCGAGAGUACCGAACACGGAAGAAGAUCGAGGAGGAGCGCCACUCUCUCAUCACAGAGAUGGUGGGACUAAACCCAGACUUUAAGCCUCCUGCAGACUACAAACCUCCAGCCACUAGAGUCAACGACAAAGUCAUGAUCCCACAAGAUGAAUACCCAGAAAUCAACUUUGUAGGUCUUCUGAUCGGGCCAAGGGGUAACACACUGAAAAACAUUGAGAAGGAGUGCUGUGCUAAAAUCAUGAUCCGAGGUAAAGGUUCAGUGAAGGAAGGGAAGGUUGGCCGGAAAGACGGCCAGAUGCUUCCAGGAGAAGAUGAGCCGCUGCAUGCCCUUGUCACUGCAAACACCAUGGAGAACGUCAAGAAGGCAGUGGAGCAGAUCCGUAACAUCUUGAAACAAGGCAUUGAGACACCUGAAGAUCAGAACGACCUGAGAAAGAUGCAGCUGAGGGAGCUCGCCAGACUCAACGGCACCCUGAGGGAAGAUGACAACAGGAUCCUUCGGCCGUGGCAGAACGCUGAACCUCGCAGCAUCACCAACACCACGCUGUGCACCAAGUGUGGAGGAGCCGGUCACAUCUCCUCAGACUGUAAAUACACAAGCUCCUUCGCCGCCCACAGAGCCACCGGUGGUGAGCCCCCUCAGUCGGCUCAGGACAAAGCCCGUAUGGACAAAGAGUAUCUGUCCCUCAUGGCUGAGCUGGGGGAGGCCCCGGUCCCAGCGUCUGGAGGGGGACACACCAGCACCCAGGGAGGAGCCCCCAGAGCCUCAGGGCCCAGCAACAACCAGCCACCGCCGAACCGGCCCCCCUGGAUGAGCUCAGGGCCUGCUGAGAACAGGAACUUUCAUGGCAUGCACGGAGGGCCAGGAGGCCACGGAGGUCCGCAUAGUUUCCCUCCACCCAUGCCAAACAUGGGAGGGCCCCCCAUGCCCCCCAACCCCAAUGGUCUGCCACCUCCCUGGAUGCAGCCCCCUCCUCCUCCCAUGGGCCAGGGACCAGGACCUCAUGGACACCCCAUGGGUCUGCUGCCUCCUCCAAUGGGCAUGAUGCCUCCACCCCCUCCUCCCCCCAGCAACCAGCCACCUCCCCCUCCUUCUGGACCCCUGCCACCAUGGCAACAACAGGCUCCGCCUCCUCCCCCAACGAGCAGCAUGGCAACCAGCACACCGCUGCCAUGGCAACAGAACACUACGACCACGUCCAGCCCUGGCACCGGCACCCUGCCCCCCUGGCAGCAACCCCAGCAACCUGCUGCCUCUGGAGCUCAGCCCCCUCCACCCAUGGGUACCCCCUCCAUGGUGCCACCUCCCCCUGGAGUCCAGCCUCCGCUGCCUCCCGGAGCCCCUCCUCCUCCCCCUCCACCUCCUCCUGGCUCCACGGGCAUGAUGUACGCACCUCCUCCUCCCCCGCCUCCCAUGGACCCCUCUAACUACGUCACCAUGAUGGGGAUGGGGGUGCCGGGCAUGCCUCCCUUUGGGAUGCCUCCUGCCCCCCCACCUCCUCCCCCACAGAAUUAAACUUUGGUCCCUACAUGUGCUCACAGAAACCGUAUAACCAGUGCUUUAUUUUUUAUUGGUCCUCCAUCAGAGAGGCUGUUGGUUGAGUUUGUAAAGUUGAGUUUCCUGUUUUUAAAGUUCACAUUCUGAAGUAGAUUAACCAAAAAACCUCUCCUGCUAGGUUAAAUUUCUGCUCAUGGCUUUGAUUCUUAAAUUAUAUCAGACAGUAUUGGAGAUGAUAUAUAUUGGAAUUCAUCCUGCAUGAUGCAUUUAAACGACAGAUUUCUACUCCCGUCAUGUCCGUGUGUCGGCUUAACGUUGAAUAAGAUGAAUAUUUUUGUAAUAACAAUGUGAAGUGUUUCUUAGUUCUGUCAGAAAACCUUUUUGUAGUUCAGUCUCAGAUUGUUUUCCAGAAAUUUCCAGGGUUUUUAUUGUUUUGUUUUUUUUUGUUAACUUGCCUGCGUCUGUCAUGACAUUGAGUUAACGAUGGGGGAGUUUGACGCUUUGACCCCCCCCCCUGCACUACUUGAAUGCUAAACAUCAGAUAUCUCUUUGUUUUCCUGAUAUGAUAUGACGCUGUGUGCAGUGUUUGUAUUUCUCUACAAGGACAGAGAUCUGAUUCUGUCCCUGAGUUGUUAGACCAGACGGAUGUUUUACUCUCUCUGGAAUCACUCUGUCGUGUUGAGUGUGGAUGAACAGCUGUUGAAAUCUUGCUUGGUUUCGCAUUAAACUGAUCCAUUUCA